UCCGGUGGUUGCACCCACCUCCGCCCCCUGCCGCAGCUCCUAUAUAUCGCUCCCCCGCUUGCCUCCCCUCCCGGACAAACACAUCCGAACCCCGACCAACCGCCGGCCGGCCGCCACGCACGCCAACUUUUACAACCGCACGCACGCUAGCCGGCCGGUGACCAACACUCCCACGCCACCAUGAGCGGCGCCGUCCAACAAACCACGACCGCCGGCGGCGGCGGCGUCAGCAACAUCAAGCACCAGCGCCCUCGCGGCCCGGGCCGCCUCAAGCUAUGCUACCACAUCGCCGUGUCCAACGCGGUCUACAUACUGCUGGCCCCGUUCGCGGCGGCGCUGGCGCUGCGCGCGUCGCGCCUCGCCCCGUCCGACCUCGCCGCCUUGCGUGCCUACCUCCUCGCUAACCUCCCGCUUGUCGUCUCCCUCAUCUCCGUCGUGUCGGCGCUCGCGACGGUCUACCUCGCGCGGCGGCCCCGCGCGGUGUACCUGCUUGACUUCGCGUGCUACAAGCCGGGGCCCGAGCACGUGGUCACCCGGGAGACCUUCAUGGGCCAGUCCAAGGAGGCCGGGGUGUUCACCGACGACAACCUGGCGUUCCAGCAGAAGAUCCUCGAGCGCUCGGGGCUCGGCCAGGGCACCUACUUCCCGGCCGCGGUGCUCAACUCGCCGCCCAACCCGUGCAUGGCGGAGGCGCGCCGGGAGGCGGAGGCCGUCAUGUUCGGCGCCAUCGACAGCCUGCUCGCAAAGACCGGGGUGCGGGCCAGGGACAUCGGCGUCGUCGUCGUCAACUGCAGCCUCUUCAACCCGACGCCAUCGCUCUCCGCCAUGGUCGUCAACCACUACAAGCUCCGGGGCAACGUCGCCAGCUACAACCUCGGCGGCAUGGGGUGCAGCGCAGGCCUCAUCUCCAUCGACCUCGCCAAGCAGCUGCUCCAGGUGCACCGCAACUCGUACGCUCUGGUGGUGAGCAUGGAGAACAUCACGCUCAACUGGUACUGGGGCAACGACCGCUCCAUGCUCAUGUCCAACUGCCUCUUCCGCAUGGGCGGCGCGGCGAUCCUCCUCAGCAACCGCGGCGCCGACAAGCGCCGCUCAAAGUACCAGCUGGUCCACACCGUGCGGACGCACCACGGCGCUGACGACCGCGCCUACCGCUGCGUGUUCCAGGAGGAGGACAAGGCCGGCCGCGUCGGCGUCGCGCUCUCCAAGGACCUCAUGGCCGUCGCCGGCGAGGCGCUCAAGACCAACAUCACUACCCUGGGGCCCCUAGUCCUCCCCAUGUCCGAGCAGGUCCUCUUCUUGGCCUCCCUCAUUGGCAAGAAGAUCUUCGGCCUCAAGAUAAAGCCCUACAUCCCGGACUUCAAGAUGGCCUUCGAGCACUUCUGCAUCCACGCCGGCGGCAGGGCCGUGCUGGACACCAUCGAGAAGAACCUUGAGCUCAGCGACUGGCACAUGGAGCCGUCGAGGAUGACGCUGAACCGGUGGGGGAACACGUCGAGCAGCUCGCUAUGGUACGAGCUAGCCUACACGGAGGCCAAGGGCCGCGUCCGGCGAGGGAACCGCGCGUGGCAGAUCGCGUUCGGGUCGGGGUUCAAGUGCAACAGCGCGGUGUGGCGCGCGCUCCGAGACAUCCACCCGGCAAAGGAAGGCGGCAGCAACCCCUGGGUGGAGGAGAUCCACCGGUUCCCCGUCGAGGUGCCAAAGAUAGAGAGCGUAGUCUCAUCCUCAUCAUCAUAGACUCGCUAAGGUUGUUUUUUUUAGAUAAGAAAUAUUAUUUUCCAUGUUGAAACUUAUAUAUUUGUAUCAUUGUGAUGUAAACAUCCAAUUUAUUAAUUUUGUGGUUUGAGCAA